CUCUCCCUCUGGAUACAUCUUGCAGUCCCCACUGGCAGACGGAAGAUUUGGCCACCGGAAGGCUGCUGCUGUGUCACUUGAGAGCCACACUCGGCUUUGAUCAUUAUCAAGGGUUGGAGGUGAGGAAGUUGACCCUUCAGGAGUACUGCUAAAGGAAGUGGGAAGAGCUUUCUGGAUCCAGAACAACACGAUUCUUUGCUCAGGAUUUUCAGAGGUCUUUUCAAAUACAAACAGUUUCUACAGCACAAGUCUGAAGUCCCAUAGCUAACCCUGAGGCAUAUAGGAACCAUCAGGAUCAGAAUGGUAAGUACUCACACGGGUUAUAAGUACAUUAAAAAAAGUAAAUUGUGUCCAGUCAUAUUCUGGGUCUGAGAAAUUGACACAUUCAAAAUCUGGGCUAUCAAGUUCCCCACCGAGGCUCUUUUUUAAAAAAAAAUUUGAUAGUUCCUUGCACAUCAACUCAACCUCAAAACUACUGGUAAUAGCUCAACCAAAGGCAAGUGUUUAGGUCUGAGUUCCUUUGCCAGACCUGAAGACAAGCUCUGUAUAGCUGGAAAGCUUGUCUGUUUCACUAACAGAAAUUGGUCCAAUAAAGAUAUUACCUCACCUCUCUCUAAUAUGCUGGGACCAACGUGGCUACAACACCACUAGAGACAAUUUUCUUUUCUGUAAACUUUAUAUUUGGAAUAGUUUUCUGAUCCCUAAUAAUGUUUUUUUUACAGCGCCUUUGACAUAAGCCUAUCAGAGUGCACAAGAAUUUCAUCAGUCUGUUACGUUUGAAGACCAAGUAAAAUUAUAGUGACAUCUAGUGACCAUUAAGAUUUCACAGUGGUACCAGCAGUAGCAGUAGAAUAUGUUGCCGGUAGAGAACAUUUUAAUCACACAGUAUUCAGAAUUUGAUUAUUAAAAUCGGUAAGAGAAUGAAUUAAAAUGCUGAUGGAUGUAAUAACGUGACCAACCCUAUAAUUUAUUGAAAAUAGGCUUGCAAAUUCUUAAGAAUGCAAAGAAUGAUUACAAGCAGGCCUGGUUAAUAUGAAUGCAUCUAAAACAACAUGUUUUUUCAGCCUGAAAUACAGGAGAAUGUGGUUAAUAGAGAGUUCUCUGUGGUCAGAGAAACACCAGAUCACCUGCCUAUCCCCAAUAAGAGAAAUUGGAGAAAUUUAACGUAGCAAAGAUUUGCAAUUGCCCAUUUAUUAAAUGUAUCUGUAUAAAUAGCUAGAGCUGUACAAUUUAAUGUGAAGACAAAUAUCAAUGUAUAGAACAGUUUCAUGGUCUCUAUAAUGCCAGGUUGUUAAAAAUAGUGAUUGCGCUUUAAUUCCCCCAAACUGCAUGUCAGUUUGAAAUCCCAGGCAGGAGAGUACUCUCCCUGGAUCUUGGGCUGAGAAGACCUGCACUAGGACACACAUGGCAGUGACAAAGUCUGAACUUGGACCUCUUGGGACUCAUAAGACUCAGCUGUCUCCUUCUGCAUUGAGCCAGGGGUGCUUGCUGUCAUUUUAACCCCCCAAGGGGGUAGAAUAGCAUCCUGUUUAAGACCCACAGUAGUGACUGAAUCCUAAUGCCUUCACAGGGGCUGCCACAGACCUGCUCUGCCAUCCCUCAUCCACCCAAACUGCUCGGAGGGCAAUUGAACUUUCAGGCAUUCAGGGCAUGUAGGACUGGAUCAUCCUUAGCAAGGAAUCAGAGAGUGCUCUGUCCGCUUCAGAGUGGUAACAUGAACAUCACAGAAUAUUUCACCAGAAUUUCUUAUAAUGGCUCCUACAAAAACCCGGAUUUGGAGACCUUGACUGCAAUAUUCCAGCAUCACAUCAGGGCUGUUCCUUUUGAAAACCUCAGCAUCCACUGCGGGGAAACCAUCAAGUUAGACUUAGAACCAGUUUAUGACAAAAUAGUGAGGAAGAAACGCGGUGGCUGGUGCAUGGAAAACAAUCAUCUCUUAUACUGGGUUCUGAAAACGCUGGGAUAUGACACCACCAUUAUAGGAGCAAAAGUUUACAGCCCAGAAGAAAAUGCAUAUAAUCAUCAUAUUAAUCACCUUCUGCUAAAGGUGGUCCUGGAUGGGAAAGCCUACAUAGUGGACGGCGGCUUUGGACUGGUCUAUCAAAUGUGGCAGCCAAUGGAGCUGAUUUCUGGGAAAGACCAGUCCCAGGUUCCCGGCAUCUUUCGCUUCACGGAAGACAAUGGGAUUUGGUACUUUGAGAAAAUCAAAAGGAAGCAAUACAAUCCCAACCAAAGCUUCUCUAAUUCCAAUAAUCUGGAAAAAAAUGCAUGUAAGAAAGUGUACCUGUUUACCCUUGAGCCAAGAGAGAUAGAAGAUUUCAGGCCCCAGAAUGUGUAUCUCCAGACAUCUCCAGAUUCUCUGUUCGUAACAAAGUCCAUCUGCAGCCUUCAGACCACUGAUGGCCUUUGGGCUUUAGUUGGGUGGAAACUCACCAAGGUUAAAUACAAUUACAAGGAGAACAUGGAUAUGGUGGAAAUCACAACACUUACAGAUGAGGAGGUGGAAAAAACAGUGAAAGACAAAUUCAGAAUAAUGUUAGAUCAUAAACUCAUCCCAGUUAACAGCAGCGGAUUGUCUAUGGUUUAGUUUAUUGGCCAGAAUAUAAUUUGCUACAGCUACGUCAAAUAGAAUCUCUUUCCCAGCAUCCAAUUAUUGCAAAAAAUGAAGGGCUAGGCUGUCACUUUCUACCUCACAUAGAACAAGGGGUGGCAUGUAGCAGUGCUACCCCAGCAAAGAAAUUGUGACUCUUGGAGCUACAAUUUCUUCCCUGCUUCUCCCCUGGCUUCAGCUGAUAAAUUAAGUUGUCCAGGUUUAUGCCAGUAGCAGAGUACUUUCCACUCUGUGUGGGCUCCACUGCGCCGGCUGGUACAUGGGGUGGGGUUGGGUGUUUGGGCUGGAGGCAAGUUUCUGCUCCGUCCCUGCUUCUUUAACCCCGUGGAGCUGCCCUUUCCAGAAGGCAAAGUGAGGAGGUCAUGCAAGGAAUCCCCUUAUGCCUUCUUGCUCCCCUGCACUGCCAUGUAGAGCAAAACAGACUCAGGCUCUAAAGAAAUGCUACAUUACAGCUGAAAUUUAAUAGCCAGAGAUGCUAGGACAUUCAGAGCUCAGGUUGUCACAGUCACCCUAGGUCUACUCUCUUUUGCAAUUGCAUUAGGAAAAGGGUCUUUCAUUAUGUAGUCACCUAGCUGCACACCUGUGAUAUACCGGGAUUAAUACUUAUGGCCUGACUAUUUGCAGCUAUCAAAAUUGCCAUGGAUGAACACAACUGCAGCACUGGGUGGGAAUUUCCUGCCCCAUUUGUGGCUCCUCACAUAACCUGCAGCAGCUCCAUAAUAUAACCCCAAAGGGGCAAUUCUAGGGAACAAUUUUUGAUGCACGGACCAAAUAUUUUUGCAUUUAUAAUCCUGACCCAGCCAUGGUAUCUCUGCAACCCACCAUCCCCUUGAAAUGCAUAUGAUUUCUACUCAUCAUAUUAUUGCAUACCAAUGACUUUUACUCUCCUUUAGGAGGCACUUGGUCAUUUCUUUCUAAUCAAUCUACCAAUUGGUCCGACACUCAUCACUGAGACUUGGGAAGGGCUGUUAUUCCCCUGCCCAGAACAACUAAACAUUCAUAAAGACCGUUCUGUUUGUCAUUAUUUGUACGUUCAGAAAUAUUUUAUGAAGACCAGCCUUGUACAAUAAAAUAUCUGAGGCCCAUUUUGUUGUGUGAUGUGCGUGGUUGUAGCCAUUGUAUGCACUGGUUAAUAAUGGGCUGCGGGCUUACAAAAUCUUAGUCAUACACAGAGUUGAUACAUGAGUUAAUGGGAUUGCUUCCAUAUGUGAGGGGCACAGGAAGUGACCCGUGUUCUGUUGGUUUUAUUGACCAAGAGCCCAGAUUCCUUUUCACGUAAAAAGUCAUUUAAUAUUCUGGUUGUUGAUGAUGAAUUAUUAAAAAGAAGCUUUUGCAUUAAAAUCAAGCUUCGUAUCAGUUUACUACCAGAUAGGGCCUCUAUCAGGAGAUUGUAUCCUUUCCUUCAAGGGGAAUUGACUUACUCAGCUAAUAGGUAUUUUUCCAUCCAUCCAUCGGUGGUGUCAUUUGAAAAAUAUGAUUAAAAUGCUGAGCAGUCACAAAAAAUGGGCUGACAUCAGUUAAAUGUGGUUAAAGGAACAGAAAUGUGAAGUGUUCCAUGUAGACAGAAUAACUUCCCACUGCACCAUCCACUGCGACAUUCGAGUGCUCCCAGACUUUCACAUGGCAAAUUCAGUCAGCCUGCACAUGCGCGGUGGUUCUUUAUAACUGCUCAUGCCUUCCCUCUUCCUGCCACAAGAGGAAAUGAAAUUCUAAAGCAAGAACAUACAGUGAAUCACCAUAGAAACAGGGUCAUCGCAGGGUGUCCCGAUCUUCAAAUGAAAUUCUUGCAGGGUCUAGCUAGCAACAUGGGUGUCCCAUCACAAAUCAUAAUAUUAGAGACAUCUACUCUAGCUAUCCUAAGUAUGUAUAUCACCCUCAUUACUGUCAUAUCUUUAAUGUAUUUAUCCUUACAAGCAUCCGAUAGCUAGGAACGCACUAUUAUCCCUAUUUUACAGAGGAGGAAGUGAGGUGGG